AUGCAGAGCCACGCGGACAACACGCAGGGAGGGGAUGAGCCAGAGGCAGAGCAGGACGAAGCCCCCCUGCUUUCCCAGCAGCCCUCCUCCCACACAGGGCUCUGCUCCACUCGCUGUGGCCUGGCCCUGGUCCUGCACGUCUGCCUCUUCAUGGCGUACGCGCUCCGGGUCAGCCUCAGCAUCGCCAUCGUCGCCAUGACUAACAGCAGCCAUCCCCACGGCUGGUCCGGCAGCGCUCCCCGCAGCUCCUACCCAGGAUUUGCUCAGGACAUGCUUUCUUUCCUCCAGACCCCCAUGUACAACUGGAGUGCUGAGACUCAAGGAAUUGUCCUUAGCUCCUUCUUCUAUGGCUACAGCCUCACGCAGGCGCUGGGCGGGUACUGCUCGGGGCUGUUCGGGGGGAAAGCUGUCUUGGGCAGCGGGCUUCUGCUCUCCUCCGUCCUCACCCUCCUCGUGCCCCAAGCAGCAGAGCUUGGCAUAAGCUUCCUCAUCGGACUGCAGGCGCUGCUGGGCUUGGCUGAGGGAGUGAUAUUUCCAGCUCAGUACACGCUAUGGGCAAAAUGGGCCCCUCCACUGGAACGCAGCAGGCUCAUGAACAUCGCUGAUGCUGGAUGCACUUUUGGGACUUUCUUUGCUCUUCUUGUGGCUGGGAUCAUCUGCCAGAGUCUGGGGUGGCCUUUUGUCUUUUACAUCUUUGGUGGUGUUGGCUGUGCCUGGGGCCUCUGCUGGUUCCUCCUUGUGUACGAGGACCCUGCACAUCACCCGUGGAUUAGUGCCAGGGAGCAGGAGUACAUCGUGUCAUCGCUGGCUCACCAGGGCAGCUCUCAUGGCCGCUCCCUCCCACUUGUGGCCAUGGCUAAAUCACUGCCUCUUUGGGCAAUCACCAUUGCCUGCUUCUGCACAGACUGGCUCUUCUACAUGCUGCUGACUUCCAUGCCCACAUUCAUGAGCAACGUCCUCCACUUUGACCUCAGAGAAAAUGGGCUCCUCUCCUCCCUGCCUUACGUUGGGAAUGGGCUGGGACACAUCCUGGCUGGGCUAGUGGCUGAUUUCCUCCUGGCCAGGCGAGUGCUUGGCACAGCAGCCGUCAGGAAGCUCUUCUCAGCACUCGGGAUGCUGCUCCCAGCCAUCUUCCUGGUGGCUGUGCCUUACAUUGGCUGCAGUUCCACAGUUGUUGUGGUCCUUCUAACACUGGCCUUGACAAUAAUCAGCAUGACAGGGGCAGGCAUCAAUAUUAACCACAUCGAUAUAGUGCCCAGAUAUGCAGGGUUCCUGCUGGGAAUCACAAAUACCUUUGGCAUAGUCGCAGGAACUAUUGCUCCUACCGCAGUUGGACUUCUCAUCAGCCAGGAUCUCCAGACUGGCUGGAGGAAUGCCUUCUUCAUAUCUGCAGCCCUCAACCUGUUUGGCUUGAUCUUCUACAUAGCCUUUGGCAGCGGGACCAUCCAAGACUGGGCUAGAGAGGAUGCUGCUGUACAAUGA